AAAAUUAUUCUUAGGUUAGUUUCCUUUUUCGUCGGCAUGCGGUGGUGUGUUCUGGUUUUAGAAGAAGAUGGCAGAUACGUUGAUUCUUUUCACCUCCAUAGGACUAAGUGAUCAGAAAGCCAAGGAAACUUUGAAAAAUGAAUCACUCACCGUGGCACUCAAGCAAGCAAUUUCUCGGGCUCAAGAGAUCCUGGGGCCCGCAGGUGUGGACAAAGCCAUGGGGACGCUGCUGUACAGCGUGGCCUCUCGUCUGAAGGGCGCCCAUCACCUUCGUUUUCUCACUGAACAAAUCGUCCACCGCAAGAUCGCUACAGAUUUGCAGCUGUCAGCCGCUCUGGAUUUUCUAAAGAAUCAUUCUCAGGGUCCUGUCGUUCAGGAAGAGUUUGAUGCCGCGUGUGGUGUUGGAGUUGUCAUCACUCCAGAGCAGAUCGAGGAUGUGGUGGAAGUGGUGAUCAAUAAACACAAAGAUCAGCUUCUCAAAGAGAGAUAUCGCUUCAACAUGGGACUGCUGAUGGGAGAAGCUAGAGCUGCACUGAAAUGGGCUGAUGGGAAAAUAAUAAAAAAUGAGGUUGACAUGCAGGUCCUCCACCUCUUGGGGCCAAAGAUGGAAGCUGACCUGGAGAAGAAGCCCAAGGCUCCUAAACAAAAGCCCCAAGAGAACGAGAAGAAGGAAAAAGAUGUGGAUGGUGAGACUGAAGGCAAGUCUUUAAUGGAACAGCUCAGAGGAGAGGCCUUGAAGUUUCACAAACCCGGGGAGAACUAUAAAACAGAAGGCUAUGUGAUGACACCCAACACCAUGAACUUGCUGAAAAAACACAUGGAGAUCACUGGAGGGCAGGUACGCACCAGGUUUCCCCCUGAGCCAAAUGGGAUCCUGCAUAUCGGUCACGCCAAAGCCAUCAACUUCAACUUUGGAUAUGCCAAGGCCAAUGGCGGAAUCUGCUUCCUGCGUUACGAUGACACCAAUCCAGAAAAGGAGGAGGAGAAGUACUUCACGGGCAUCCGCGACAUGGUCGAGUGGCUUGGGUACACACCCUACGCAGUGACCCACGCGUCUGACCACUUCCAAAAGCUGUACGACCUCGCAGUGGAUCUUAUUCGCCGGGGCCUCGCCUAUGUGUGUCACCAGCGUGUAGAGGAGCUAAAGGGCCACAGCCCACCUCCGUCCCCUUGGAGGGAUCGACCAAUCGAGGAGUCUCUGGUGCUCUUUGAGAGGAUGAGGAAGGGGCUCUUUUCUGAGGGGGAGGUCACGCUGCGGAUGAAAAUGAUCAUGGAGGACGGAAAGCAGGACCCUGUGGCGUACCGCAUCAAGUACACGCCUCACCACUGCACAGGGGACACGUGGUGUAUUUAUCCAACCUAUGAUUACACACACUGCCUGUGUGACUCAUUCGAAGACAUCUCUCACUCCCUGUGUACCAAAGAGUUUCAGGCCAGGCGUUCCUCCUACUACUGGCUAUGCAACGCCCUGGAUGUGUAUUGCCCUGUGCAGUGGGAAUAUGGCCGCCUUAACCUCACCUACACCGUUGUCUCCAAAAGGAAGAUCAUCAAGCUGGUGGAGACGGGGGCCGUCAGGGACUGGGAUGACCCACGUCUUUUCACACUGACCGCUUUGAGGAGGAGGGGCUUCCCUCCACAGGCCAUCAACAACUUUUGUGCACGGGUUGGCGUGACUGUUGCCCAGACAACGAUGGAGCCUCACAUGCUGGAGGCCUGUGUGAGGGACGUGCUCAAUGACACGGCCCCACGUGUCAUGGCUGUCCUUGAGCCCCUCAAGGUCACCAUCAUGAACCUACCCCAUGACAUGGAGACUCAGAUUCGGGUGCCAGAUUUCCCAGCCGAUGAGGCGCGAGGCAGUCACGCCGUUCCUUUCACAUCUACCAUCUACAUCGAACGCACCGACUUCAGAGAGGUAAUGGAGAAGGGCUACAAGCGACUGACCCCUGAUCAGCCAGUGGGUCUCAGGCAUGCUGGCUAUGUCAUCACCCUCCAGCGGGCCGUUAAGGAUGAUAAUGGGAAGGUGGUAGAGCUGGAAGUCACUUGCACGAGCACCGUCACAGCCGAGAAGCCCAAAGCCUUCAUCCACUGGGUCAGCCGGCCUCUGCGCUGUGAGGUCCGCCUGUACGAGCGCCUAUUUCGGCAUAGUCACCCGGAAGAUCCACAGGUAGUGCCUGGGGGCUUUCUGAGCGACAUCAACCCCGAUUCCCUGCAGGUGAUUGACAGUGCCAUAGUGGAUCGUUCAGUCAGUGGAGCGAAGGUGUUUGACAAGUUCCAGUUUGAGAGACUGGGCUACUUCUCCUUGGACCCCGACAGCACCAAGGAAAAGCUGGUUUUCAACAGGACAGUGACACUGAAAGAGGAUCCAGGAAAGAUCUGAUUUGGUACUUGUUGACAUAUCAGUCAAGACCAUUUUUAGUUCUGGAACUUUUUUUUUCCUGAAUUUGUACUUUUUGUGUGGUCUGGAGCCUGUGAGCCCAGUUACUGUCCCAGCCUUAUAUUUACUAAUGUUGCAUAGCACUUAGCUACCUGGACACCUGGCAAGCUUGCAUCUUUGAACUAUGGUAAUAAAAUAUAAAUAAAUAUUGGUUUUGUUUUAAAAUUA